UAAUUGGUCGGCAGAGUUUCCCUCAUGUCCCUCUCAACUUUACAGCGUCCAUCUGAGACUCGGGUCCGACUCUGUGGCAACUGUCGUGUGGCGCACUUGUCCAACUUCGUCCGGUGUCCAAAGUAGACUUGCCGGAGGGGGUUACCGGUCUGGUUCCACGACUUUUCCCGGUUGAAGUUUGUUUGAGGAGGCAGCUGACCGAAAAUCUACCGGAACUGAAACUUUUCCACCUCACAAGUCAGUUUGGAUAAAAAGAAAAAUGGCAGACAGCGUGGACCAAGAAGUCUCUUCCACUUCUCCUCUGUUCAGUGAGGAAGUGCACCACUACCAGGCCGAACCAGAACCCGAGCUGGACCAGCCCAAACAAGACCUGUUCAGCGUGGAUGAUAUUGUAGACUUGGUCGGCGGGGCUCAGGACGCCUUGGAGCGGCACAUAGCUGAGGACAGUGAAGACAGUGCACCACACGAGUUCACAGAAAGUGCCCUCGCCGAUCUGGAGGAGCCUGUAACGUUACCAGAGCCCGUCCUCUAUACGGAUCCAGUGCCGAUGUUAAUACCAGAGGUACAUGAACCUGAGCCGGAGCCAGAACCAGAACCAGAACCAGAGCCAGAACCGAUAAUUCCAGACUCCACCACAUCAUUUGUGCCAGAGACUCAUUUAAUUGCCGAGGAGCCUGAAGUUGUUGCCCCAAAAGUCGAACCGGAGAGUACAAAGAUCGAACCGGAGCCACAGGCUGCCCCCGAGCCAGAACCUGCCCCGAAGAGCGACGCCCUCCCAGCGGCUGAACCCAGCAAAGCUGCCCCAGCCCCCGCAGAGGCAGCAGAGCAACCUGCGGUGACAGAAGAACCAUCGUCUCCAGCAUCAUAUGUACCUUCUCCUUCUAAAGCUCAACCUCAUCCUCUGAUGCAAUUCCCUACAGCACUUGGGCAGAAGGGUGAUUCCCCUGCUCCCAUCUCUCCUCUCUCCCCUCUUCACUCCCCCGACUCUUUGGAGGAGCUUUCUCUGACCGAAAGUCCCAACCAGCCCCCUCCUUCAGGAUACGCAGCAUCAUUGGGCUCCUUCUCCACUGAACCCCCCACUACUCAUUCCAAGAACAUGCCUUGGGUGGGUGAAGAGGGUGACUCUGGACCGAGUCGUAGUAAGAAUAAGGAAGAUCUUCUCGAUCCGUUAGCUGGUCCUUACCUGAGUUUAGGGAAAGACCCAGGGCCUCAUAAUCCGUGUGAAGACAGUGGAGUUUCUUUUUCACCUGAGGAGAAGCUGAUUAGUUCAGACAGGUCCUCCACAGGCCCCUCCCCAGUGAACCCCCAGAUGAAGGUCCCUGAGUCUCACAUUGCCUCCUCUAACCCAACAGAGCACUGGGAUUCACCAUUCCUAGCAUCUCAAGACAACUCCAAGGUCUCCAUGGAUACCUUUUCCAAGGACACAGCUCCCAUAACCUCUUCCAGGUAUGAGGCAGACCUGCACGCGGACCAGUCUGACGAAGAUGAUGACCUGAUGUAUGAAGUGAAGAAGAAUAAUAAUCCAUUUGAUGGCUUUUCCCCGCUGGCAGACAGUGGCUACUCCAAUUUUGGAGACUCCAAGUCUGACAGCAGAGCCUCAAAGAUGUCAGAGAGUCCCACUCCAGAUCUGGUCCAGUAUGGCCAGACUGGAGAAUCCCAGGAUACCCUACCUUCCUUCUUAGACCAGGGGAAAUCAUUUGAGACUGGCAAAAUGGCAACUGACUCGCUCGUGCAGUCAGGGAAUCAGUUCUCAUCUGGUUUUAAAGAUGAUGAUGAAGAGGAAGAUGAUUCUCCUCUGCCACCAUCACUUCCAGACAUCCUGAAGUCUUCCCCGCUCAACCCUGAAAAAAUUGAUUCUGGUUCCUCAGAGGGAAGCCCCGAACAGAGUCCAAUCCUUGAACGGAGAAUGAUGGAGUCGCCUAACCCACCAAUCAACCUAUCAGUUAACAACCCGUUUGCCUUUGAUGCUAAAGUGUCCCUGCUCAAGGAGAUGACUGAGGAGAUGGAAGUGAGAGCAGCUGAUAAAGCAAAAGUUGAUGAUGACCAAACUUUUGGUGCAUUCGAUCUUGUCAAAGAGGCAGAGGAAACCACCCCAACCAAAGUCAAAGAAGAGGAACCUGUCAAGAUUGAACAGAAAGAUUGGUUUUCAAGCCUUGACGCUCCCAAAAAGGUGGAAAAGUUUGAGCCACUUGACUUCCAGAGCAAAAAGACCCCUGCUGAAGACUCGGAUUCAGAGUCGCCAACGGCCGACUCCCUGUCUCCGGUCCUGGAGGCCAUGGGCAAGAACCCUGCCAGCUUCCAGGUGGAAACGCAGAAGACAGACCUGACAAUGGAGGACCCAGAAGUGGCUGAGGAGGUCUCUGAGCAUGAAGUCUCCUCUGAGGAGUUUGAGUUCAUUGAGCGACCAACUAGGGGUGUUAUUGAUGAGUUUCUUGAGGCUCUGGAUACUUCAAAGUUUGCAUCCUCCAAACCCCCAGAGAUCCCCAUGGAUGACGAUGAUCUAAGCUUUGAGCAAAAAGAUGUGGCUCCAGUUUCUGCUUCAAAGGUAGCUUCAACCCCCAAAUUUGAGGAAGAGGCUCCAAGUCAGAGCUCCUACCUCCUACUUAGCCAGGCUUCUCCCCAGAAGAGCAAGGCUGAAUUGGAGAAGCUUGACAUUCAGCAACCCCCACCCCAAGUUCCUCUUGUCCAUUCCCCCGUCCGCCAACCAGAAGAAGGGGUCACUCAGAAGAGCAAGGAGGGCGGGAAACUGUUUAAGAUUCCAAACCUGAACAUAAACGCAGUGGUGGAUCUCCUCUACUGGCGAGAUGUGAAGACCACAGGCGUGGUGUUCGGCGCCGCCCUGCUGCUCCUCCUCUCCCUGACUGUGUGCAGCAUUGUAAGCGUCAGCUCCUACAUCGGCCUGGCCCUGCUCUCAGUCACCAUCUGCUUCAGGAUAUACAAAGGCAUCCUGCAGGCCAUCCAGAAGUCAGAUGAGGGACAUCCAUUCAAGCAGUUCCUGGACCAGGAGGUGGCACUCUCUGAGGACAUGGUCCACAAGUACAGCGACAUGGUUCUGGCCAAACUUAACAAGACCAUCGGUGACUUGCGGCGCCUGUUCCUGGUUGAGGACCUGGUGGACUCCAUCAAGUUUGCUGUGUUUAUGUGGAUCCUGACCUACGUGGGGGCCUUUUUCAACGGGCUCACUCUUAUUAUUUUGGUUGUGGUUGGGGCAUUCAGCUGCCCGAUCGUCUACGAGAAGCACCAGACUCAGAUCGAUCACUACCUGGCUCUGGUCAACAACCAGGUGAAAGACGUUGUUGGAAAGAUCCAAGCGAAGGUGCCCGGAAUGAAACGUAAAACGGAGUGAAGGAACGACAAGUUGGAGUUCGGAUUCAGGAAGUCCUGAGAGGAAGAUGGUUGGACAGUUGGAGGGGAGGAAGGGGGGAUGAAGGGUGUAUGGGUGAGGGAGGGGAGGGUGGAUAUGAAGGAAUGCAGGAGGAGAUGGGGUUUGGCGUGGACGCAGCCCUUCUUACUUUAUUUGUCAAAAUAAUAAAACAUUUUUUCCAGUUCAGAAUUCCUUUUUGUUUUUUGUGUUUUCUGGAAAGUUGAAGCAGAUCUCAGAUCAGCGGAGACAUCGAGGUUGGCUUCAUGCUUUUGUGUUUGUAGUCGGUGUUGAAAUGUUUGUUUCUGUUUGACUCUAACUCACAGAAACACACUUGAAUGCUGAACUUUAACCCUCCCUCUCCCCCACCCCAGUGCAUUGUGGGAGGUUAGUUUACCUUCAGGUUAUUUUUGAUUAUUUUUUCCCUGCCCUCAGUUGAGUCGAGCGGAGAGAAUUUUUUCUUCGUCUGCUGUUUUUGGGAAAGACGAGAGCAAGCAGCACCUCAUUUGUAUUUUCUUAUUUUGGUAUGAUGACUGAGUUACAGAUAUUUUGUGAUUUUAUUGUUUUGUCCCUCAAGCUUUCAGCUCGUUUCCUCGGUAACCUUCUGCGUGGUUUUGCCUCGAUGUGACGAAUAACGAAUUUGUGAGCGACAUCUUUGACUCCUGAUGAGGCAACGGGGUGGGGUGGGUGGGGGCUUGUACUACCAUAUAAAAUCUACAUUGCUUCUGAGUAACUCUAGCUAGAAACAUCUAGAAAACCUUUGCCAGACGAAUAAGUCAUUAAUUACAUGAAAGUUGUUAUUUCCAUGUCAUCGCAGCUGUCUAGUAAUGAAAAACUCUGGAAGGAACACGUUUACAUUCAUCCACAUCAGAUAAAAUAUUGAAAAAGAGAAAAAAAAAUGAAAUGGGAUUUAAAGAAAAAAAUAAAUAACCAUGCUGUCUGUGAAGCCAAUAUCUUAAUAAAGUUGCAACUUGAUGUGACUUUGGGAAACCUUUGAGCAUUUGUUUGUUAUGCAAGUAUAAUUGUGAAUGAUAAACUUCAUACUUCAAUUGUGACGAUUAAAAGCUUCCAGCCGGGAGCCGUGUUUGUGGAAUGCAUUGUGAGAUGUGAACAAUUAUCAAUAAAGCUUCUAGACGAAGAAA